UGUGGUCUCAUACUAUGGGGAAUCAUAUCACUGCACUUUCCCGGCCGUAAAUAUCACGGUCCGCCCACACCUAAUGGCUACAGACCAGAGUACUGGAACUCAGGCUUCAAGUUCUAUGUGAUAUCAAUGCUAAUCGCGAUUCCUGUGCUUUGGAACUAUUCUGUACUGCAUUUGUAUUACAAAAUUCCGAAUCUCAUCGCUAUUCUCAUUGCAUUCGGUGUCAUAUUCUGUUUUUAUUACUCGGAGGACUCGUACCUACACACCAUUGAUGCCUCGCACGACAGGUUUGGCUACUACUUGGCCUGGGGUUGCAUAGCCUUUGUGCCCGCUUUCUACUCAUUAAACUCUCUGUAUUUGGUUAAACACUCGCCGAUCGAU